AUGGAGAAGGAGGCAGCGCUGACGCAGCACCAAGGCGGCUUGGCCGAGUACCCGAGCCGGAAGCCGCUCCAGAAGGCGCUCGUGGUGUCGAUCCUCGUGUACAUCGGGUCCUUUGCCUUCACGUGGUACAAGGUGUACUGGGACACGCUCAUUUCGCUCGCGUUCGUCGCCCUUGGCUACUAUGCGAUCUACGACCCCAACAGUCGCCCGAUGGGCAAGGCCUUCCACCUCUUUUACAUUGGGCUCAUGCUGUGCAUUCUCUUGCACACGAUUGCGUUUGCGCUGCUCGUCGCCGAGCUUGUGAGCAGCCAAGUCGAAGCGGUGCUCAACCUCAAGCUCAUGGACUCCCCGACGGGCCUCAUCAUCUUUCUCAUCAUUCUCGAGGUCGGCUACAUGACGCUCACGGGCGUCGCGAUCGGGCUGUGCUACCGCCUCCGCUGCGAAGUCGACGGUAUCGUCGACGACCCGAUCGAGUACCACGAGCUCCUCUAA